UUAUUUGAUGCAGAUGACAUCAGUGAAGAUCGUAUGAUUGCUUUACGGAAGCGUGCAGAAGUAGAUUCCAAAUACCUUAUUAUCUUUUUCCCAAACAAUUCUUCAGAGCUUGAACAAUCCAUAAAUAGGCUUGGCAACAUAGUUGCAGAACUAUCAAAUACAUAUUACAGGGAUGAAGGCCGAAGAAUUAAAACACGCCUUGAAAGAAAGAGUGUCAGUUCUAUAGAGCUGAAUAUCCGCCAUUGCUUUAAAGUUGCUGUAUAUGCAGAGUUUCGAAGAGAUUGGGUUGAAGCUUUGAGGUUAUAUGAGGAUGCUUAUCAUACACUGCGAGAGAUGAUUGGGACAUCAACAAGAUUGCCUCCAAUUCAGCGCUUAAUAGAGAUCAAAACGGUUGCAGAGCAGUUGCACUUCAAGAUAUCAACAUUGUUACUGCAUGGUGGGAAGGUUAUAGAAGCAAUCACUUGGUUCCGCCGUCACAAUGCUUUUUAUAAGAGGCUCAUGGGUGCUCCAGAAGCUACUUUUCUCCACUGGGGAUGGUUGAGCAGGCAGUUUUUGGUAUUUGGUGAGUUGCUGGAGACGAGCUCUGCAACUAAUCAAAAUGUUUCAUUACAAGUUUCAGGAUCUGCAGAUAGACCAACGGAGUGGGAGUUCUAUCCAGCUUAUUAUUAUCAGUUAGCUGCUUACUACCUGAAGGAGAAGAGAUCAUGCUUAGAACUCACACAGUCUAUGUCUGACACUGCCGGUGAGAAUGAAGGGGGUAUUGAAUCUGUGAUACCUUCUAUUUACAUGGGUCAGUUCGCUCGUUUACUUGAGCAGGGAGACAUGUUUGCAAUGCAACCGCUUUCUGAUGAAGAAUACGUGUGCUAUGCUCUGACUGAAGAGAAGGGGUUCAAGGAUUCCUCUGAAAUUAUUGCUCUUCUUAAGAAAUCUUUUGAAGCAUAUAGUAACUUCAGGGCCCAGAGGAUGGCCUCUUUCUGUGGGUUCCAGAUGGCCAGGGAAUAUUUUGCUGUCAGUGAAUUCAGUGAUGCAAAACAGAUGUUUGACAGUGUCGCAAGUCUUUAUAGGCAAGAGGGCUGGGCCACUUUGUUAUGGGAGGUCUUGGGUUACCUGCAAGAGUGCUCAAGGAAACUUGGUUCAGCGAAAGAUUUUGUCGAGUACUCACUUGAAAUGGCUGCACUGCCAAUAUUAACCGUAGCUGGUGUCCAAUCUUUUAAGGAUUGUGGUCCGGCUGGUACUGCAAGUCUUCUCCAGAGAGAAGUGGUACACGAGGAAGUUUUCAGGGUUAUCGGUGGAGAAUCAGGGAUUGCUUCAAAUAAAGGAAACAAUAGCCUCAAAGUAUCUAAUGAUCAUCCCCUUUACCUUGAGAUUGAUCUUGUGAGCCCGCUUAGAGUGGUGCUUCUUGCAUCAGUUGCUUUCCACGAACAAAUAGUUAAGCCUGGUGCACCAACCUUGAUUACACUGUCCCUUCUAUCGCAAUUACCCCUUGCAGUUGAAAUUGAUCAGUUAGAGAUCCAGUUCAAUCAGUCUGAGUGUAAUUUUAUUAUCAUUAAUGGUCAGAGGCCCCAGUCAGCUGCAAUAUCCAAUGUUCAACCUGGUCGCCGACUGGAGACAGCUCCUGUUUUGACCCUGCUUACAAAUAAAUGGCUACGGUUGACAUAUGAAAUAAAAUCUGAGCAAAGUGGAAAGCUUGAAUGUGUACACAUAAUUGCAAAACUCGGACCCUACUUCACUAUCUGUUGCAGAGCCGAAAGUCCUGCCUCGAUGAACGAUUUACAACUUUGGAAGUUUGAAGACCAAGUGGAAACUUUUCCUACCAAGGAUCCCAGUCUUGCAUUUUCUGGUCAGAAGGCUACUCAAGUUGAAGAACCAGACCCACAAGUGGAUCUUACAUUGAAUUCUUCUGGUCCUGCAUUAGUUGGAGAGAGUUUUAUCAUCCCCGUGACUGUUUCUUCUAAGGGCCAUGCCAUCCACUCUGGUGAAUUGAAGAUUAACCUGGUGGAUACAAGAGGUGGUGGCUUGCUUAGUCCAAGGGAAGUAGAACCAUUUUCUGAAGACAGCCUUCAUGUUGAGCUGCUCGGCAUAUCUGGACUAGCUUGUGAAGAUGAAUCUCAAACUGGGGCUGACAGUAUCCAGAAAAUUCAGCACUCUUUUGGGUUAAUUUCUGUUCCAUUUCUAAAUGAGGGAGAAUCAUGGUCUUGCAAACUAGAAAUUAGAUGGCACCGUCCCAAACCUGUCAUGCUUUAUGUGUCAUUGGGUUAUUCACCAUAUAGCAGUGAGCCUAAUGCACAGAAAUUACAUGUCCACAAAAGCUUGCAGAUUGAAGGCAAGACUGCUGUUAUAAUCAGCCACAAGUAUAUGUUGCCAUUCAGACGAGACCCUCUUUUGCUGUCAAAGAUAAAACCAGUUCCCGAUUCUGAACAAAUGCCAUCACUACCUCUAAAGGAAACGAGUAUACUCCUUGUUAGUACUAAGAACUGCACGGAAGUUCCGUUGCUGUUGCUAUCCAUGUCUGUUGAGGUGGAAGAUGAUGCCAUAGGAGCGUCAUGCACUGUUCGACAUGGGGAUGAAGACCUUGUAGAACCUGCCCUCCUUAUCCCAGGAGAGGAAUUUAAGAAGGUUUUCUGUGUCAUUCCUGAUGUAAAUCUUCCAAAGCUCAAGAUGGGUAGAGUGUGUUUGAGAUGGAAGAGGAAAUAUGGAACUGGGGAGCAACCUGAUUCUUGCUCAACAGCCUCUGAAGUGUUGACAAAACACAGCCUUCCUGAAGUCAAUGUGGAGUUGCCUCCAUUGGUUGUGAGUUUGGAGUGUCCUCCUCAUGCCAUUUUGGGCAAUCCCUUUACAUACACUAUUAGAAUUCAGAAUCAAACACAGUUGCUCCAGGAGAUCAAAGUUUUGUUGGCAGAUUCGCAGAGUUUUGUGUUAUCGGGGUCCCACAAUGACACGAUCUUUGUUCUGCCAAAAUCUUCACACAUCCUCGGUUACAAGCUUGUCCCAUUGGCAUCAGGUUCUCAACGUCUUCCAAAAGUUACUGUGACCACGACGAGAUAUUCAGCUGGGUUUCAACCAUCAAUUGCUGCAUCCACACUUUUCGUGUUCCCAUCUAAGCCUUAUUUUGAGACGACUAAUAUGGGAGAGACGAGGCUGGACUCUGUUGCAGCCGAGUAAAUCCUGUUCCUGAUUUGGAAAUUCUUUGCAUAAACAAGGUGCCAGUGCGACUCAGUGGAAGGAUUGCUCAUUGCUUCUUUGUUAAUGGUUUCUCUGUGGAAGAUAAAUCAGUGUUUGAUACCUGCAAAAUUCGACUGACUAAUCAAACUACUCAUUGCAUCUUAUUUGGAUGGCAUUGACUCGGGUGAACCCCUGCUUUAAAGACUGGCGCGAGAUGUUUGGUGGUGCAAAGUAAAGGUGGGUUUUUUUUGGGGUUCUCAAUUUGCCAUUUGCGUCUGAAUCAAUUCUACAACACGAUCCAUAAUAUUGUGAGAAGAAUCAAUUUUGCAUGUCACGCUGUUCUGAAAUUCAGGUUCUUGAAUCAGAAUUUGCACCUUAUUAGCACAGGAUUAAUUGUUGGAACUUUUGACACAAUACAUAGAAAUUAUGAAUUCCACC